AUGAAGCUCUCUAUUGGUGGAAUGUAUACCAAUCCGUCUACCGUACCUAUGGAUAUUGUCUCUGAAAUUCUCUGUCGACUACCCGUUAAAUGUGUCUUACGUUGUAGGUGUGUAUCAAAAUGUUGGUUGACUCUUAUUGAUAGUCCUGAGUUUUCUAAAUUGCAUGUCAAUUAUUCACUGAAACUGAAAACAACCAAUUCUAACCUUUUCUUGAUCUUGAGAAAGGUUGAUUAUAAUGGACAUGGAAAGCAUUGCUUUUACUCUCUACACUUUGAUACUCUCAAUUCCCGAGUUGUUACUCCUAAAGAAUUGACCAACCCUUUGAUGUCUUAUGAAUUUAAUACCAAGAUACUUGGUUCUUGCAAUGGUUUGUUGUUGAUAUCAAAUACUGUGCAUGAUAUUGCUUUAUGGAACCCGUCUACUGGAAAGCACAAGAAGUUACCCUUUCUUGGUAUUGGUGAAAAUCAUGUUCAUGUUAGUUUUGGUUUUGGAUAUGAUGUUGUCAAUAAUGAUUGUAAGGUUGUUAGAAUUGUGCAGUUUUCGGGUUCUGAAAAAGGUUCUUUUCACUCUGAUGUUAAGGUUUACAGUUUGAAAUCAAGUUGUUGGAGAGGGGUUGAUGAACAACUUCCUUAUUUCCUCCAAUAUGUAGAUCAACCAGGUACUUAUCUAAAUGGUUCAUUGCAUUGGUUUGCUAGUGCUAAGAUGGAGAUACCCGAAAAUAAUUUAGAACUACUGAUUGUUGCUUUUGAUCUUGGAACUGAAAAGUGGCGACUUGUUCCCCCUCCCCGUUAUAUGAGUUUCAAUGUGAAUUUGGUCUUAUUGGGAGGUUCUCUUUGCGUAUAUAAAACCUACUUGGUAGAUUCUUAUGAUGAUUGGGGAAAUGUGGAUCUUGUUGUGGACCAUGUGGACAUAUGGGAAAUGAAGGAAUAUGGAGUUAAGGACUCAUGGACUAUGGUUGCAUCACUUGAACAACCAGAUAAGCAAAUUGGAUGUACUGUGGUCCCACUUGCAUAUUCGAAGAAUGGAGAGGAAAUUCUUGUGGAACUAGAUAAUAGGCGAUUCGUGUGGACUAGUAUUGCGGGGGACUCUAUAAAGAUCGUUGAUAUUGAAAUUGGGGCUUUACGGGGCUUUCUACAUUUCAAUAGUUAUGUUUAUUUGGGAAGCCUCGCUCACCUCAGUUCCAAUGAUGACACAAGUGAUCGGUAUAAUCAAGAUAAAGGAGGAAAGAAGAAAGCCCUAAAGAAGAGAGGAGAUGAUUUCCUUUCAAAGGGGUUCAAGUUGAAGCUUUGAGCAAUGAAUGAGCUGAAGAUUUGGAGGGUCAAGGAUGCGUUUUUGAUGCUUAAACACUGAAGCAGGACAAUUAAGAAGAGCAUAUUUCGUAUUUUUGACUUUAAGCUCCAAUAUCCCUCCUACUCUUCUUUUGAUAUAAACAGUAGAUACUUAUGUUUUGAUAUCAGUUUUUAGUCGAUUAAGCUGAUGACUGACUUGUAUGGAAUUUACAGAUAUGCUUUUCCAUUUUGAUGUGCCUAUAUGGAUUUGUUAGUUUUUCAUGCUUUUGUAAUUGUAAGGCUGCAUGAUGGAUUUAGUGAAUGGUUCACUUUAGUUGCUGAUCGAUUCUUUUCCUGCGCUUAAUUAUUGUGGGGAGAUUGAAAUUGUUGACAAUGCUCUUACCACAUAUUAUUCAUAGGGUUAAGUUAAUUAAAUAAGGCAAUUCUUAAGUAUGUUUGCCUUGAGCCAAG